AUGGACAUUUCCAACUCUAUUUCUCCUUCCGGUGGUCUUGUACUUUCACAGUUAAAACCACUUUUAAGCUCAACGGGUAUUACAUCAGUCCUGUGUGCACUAGUCGUGUUACUGGUGCUUUUCUCCCUUGACACCACCGAUGUGCCGUAUAUUCGUGGUCUCGCCUCAGCUCCUGGGGUACCGAUAUUCGGAAACCUUAUCCAAUUAGGCGUCGAACACCCCAAGCGUCUCGCCGAGCUUGCUAAGAAAUAUGGAGCUGUCUACCAGAUCAGACUGGGCAAUCGACGAUUCGUCGUAGCAAACAGCUUUGAGACUGUGAAGGAACUCUGGAUCAAGAACCAAUCUAAUCUCAUUUCUCGGCCUAAGCUACACACGUUUCACAAUGUGUUGUCAGGAUCCGAGGCCUUUACCAUUGGUACUUCACCAUGGGAUGACUCUUGCAAGCGUCGCAGAAAGGCCGCCGCGACAGCAUUGAACCGACCAUCCGUUGCAUCAUAUAUGCCUUUGAUUGACCUGGAGUCUCUCGUGAGCAUUAGCGAACUUGUCAACCAGGUUCGUGGAAAGAAGGACCAGGUUGACCUAAAUCCAUAUGCUCUGUUCCAGCGUCUUGCGCUGAAUCUUAGCUUGACGCUUGGCUAUGGUUUCCGUAUCGACGGAGACUCUGGAGACAAAUUGUUGACUGAAAUUGUUAAUGUCGAGCGCGGUAUCAGCACGCUUCGCAGUACCAGCAACAACUGGCAAGACUUUGUCCCCAUGCUGAGGAUUCUUCCUAAAGGAAACGAUAUCGCCGCAGAUUUGCGGGUUCGCCGUGAUAAGUAUCUCGAGUUUCUUCUAAAGAGGCUUAAGGAUCACAUUUCUCAGGGAACCGACAAGCCUUGUAUCACUGGAAACAUUAUGAAAGACCCAGAGUACAAGCUGGACCAUGCGGAAAUCAAGUCAAUCUGUCUAACAAUGAUUGCCGGUGGCCUUGAUACAACUCCAGCGUGCAUUCAAUUCGGCACUGCCAUGCUAUCUGGCCCCCAAGGCCCAGAAUUGCAGAAAAAGCUGCUGGAUGAAAUAGAAACAGUGUAUCCGAACAACGAUGCGUGGCAGAAAUGUCUAGAGGAAGAGAAACUGGAGUAUAUGUCUGCAUUCUGCAAAGAAGUUCUCCGAUUCUGGACAGUUAUCCCCAUGUCUCUUCCCCGCGUCAGUAUAAAGGAUAUGGAUUACAAGGGCGCGUUAAUCCCCGCUGGAACAACCUUCCUAAUGAACGCCUGGGCGGCUGAUUACGACGCCGAGCGAUAUGAAUCACCAGAAACAUUUACUCCUGAACGCUUCCUCAACAUGGCCGAGGGAUCAGGAACUCUACAUUUUGCAUUUGGAGCCGGCUCUCGAAUGUGUACAGGCUCUCACUUGGCGAUGCGGGAGAUGUAUGUCACUUUCGUGCGUCUAGUGGUCGCCCUUGAGGUUUUACCCGCGAAGGAUCCAUCCCGAAGACCCAUUUUAUCAGGCCCGCUCGAAGGCAAUGCCAACCCCUCGGGUUUGUCUAUUGAGCCUAAGGACUUUGAGCUUGGUUUCAAAAUUAGAGACACGAAAUUACUGGACUCAUGGCUUGAGCAGUCUGAAAAGGCCACAAAGCAUCUUGUUUGA